AUGGAUUCUCUUCCUACCGAGAUCCUAGGGCUGGUCCUCCGGUUCAACGUAGACAUGUGCCGGCACGACAAGAACCUGGUCCUCCCACUUCGACUCGUCUGCAAGGCAUUCGAUGCUGCCCUUAAACCAUACAUAUUCAGGACUGUGCAGCUGGAGUUUUCGCGGUUCUUGAAGGAUGCUACGCCGAAUACAGACAGCCUGGCAAGGGUGGGGCACUUGUGCGGUGCAGUCUAUAUGGAUAUGAUGGUGGUUAGAGACGAAGAAGAAAUCACUCGUCUCUCCGACAUCUUUCGAGGACUGGUCUCUAAAGUGCCUGAAAUGGUACCACUUCUCGAAGAUUUACGAAGGCAUUGCAUGAGUGAGUCUACAUUUGACGAGACGGAUUUCCGAAGAGUAUUGGAGAACGUCCUUGAACACAUCCCAAAUACAAGCCGAUUAAAGAUGAACCUACCCUUCCAAGUCGUCGGCGACCAGAGUUUGACAGCCACCCUUCUUCUGGCAACUACAUUCGCAUCCCUAGCAAAGCGUGACGAAGAACAUCUAUCCCUCGAAACCCUUGUCAUAGACCACGUUAGCGAUACCACGAUCAACAAUAUCUGCAAUAAUCCUAUAGAUCUCAAGAACGCUAUGAAAACGUUCAAGGAGUUAACGCAUCUGGUUUUGUCAUUUAAGAGACAAGAAAAGCGAAACUCGACCUUCAAUAGGAACCUGUGGUUUUUGAUUCGAAAAGCAGGUAAGCUUGGCAGCCUUUGCCUAGUUGGAUGGAACGUGAAAAGGGACAUCAAGACCCGGCGGCACCGACAUAGAGGGGUUACCAUGAACGACUGGAGGAUGCGUUCACUGCCGUAUCCACUAGAGACUUCCCUAAGCUUCAACCGCUUGCGAUUUUUGGAACUCAAACGUAUUGAUAUCGACCCUAGUCAGCUAGUGCAACUCAUCCAAGAUUGUUCGGGGACUCUCAAAGAACUAUAUCUCGUAGAGGUUUAUAUCAAGGUAAACGGUACGGCGGAUGAGGACAAUAUUGCAUUAUGGAUAGGUCUCCACGAUUCUCCAACUCCAAUGGGCGCUUGUUGGGUCGCUCAAGCUCUGCACAACAUGAAGAGCUUGGAACUAGAUGUACUGCGAGUCACAGGCCUCGGAUACGAUGAUUUUGAGCCAGACGAAGACUCCUUACACCCCAGUUACGACCUCAGAGAUCCUAGCGGUUCUGGCAAGUCAUUCGACCAGCGAUUCGUCGAGGCGGUCAUGCGGGCUGACAUUGAUAUUGCUACUAAAACUACUCAGUCGUCAAAGACCGUUUCUCCCGAACCAUUACCUGAGCAAGACAUAGUCCUGCCUACGGUCGUUUCAACCGCAGUCUCAACCGCAGGUCCCGCAGCACAAGAGUCAGAAGUGGCCAUCCCAGACCCUGAAUCUCUAGGGCAACGCAGCGACUACGAUGCAGAUACAUUUCAACGCCACCACAACACCACAUCACAUUUCAAGCGCAGCAUAGACGGCUACUUCACCAACCACAACGAAUCAGCCCUCAAAGAACUACAGAAUCUGAUCAGUGUGGCAGAUAGGGGCAUGUCGCUCAUCAGCCAGGAGAUUGAGAGGUAUAGAGUUGCGACAGUUGAUCCGACGACUGGAGGCAUAGUGACGGCUCCGACGCCGUGGCCUUGA